AUGUUAUGUUUAUCCAAACAUAAUGAUGUAAUCAGAUGCCAUACUGAGUGUUUAACUAAUGGUACAAGUGGAAAAUUUCUAGAUUGGAUUAACGUUUUUGCCAAACAUCAUACAAUUUUAGCUACACACUUGGAAAAUAUUAAAUCAUCAACAAAAAAACAAAGAUUGACAUUUCUAUCUAAAUCAUCACAAAAUUCUAUACUCAACUAUAUAGCUGAAUCGAUCCGUGAAACAAUUUUAAAAGAAGUGAAACUAGCUGGAAUGUAUUCACUUAUAUUGGACUCUACAACUGAUGUGACAAAGCUCGACCAAUUUGCUUUUGUAUUGAGGCAUGAUCUGAUUGGACAAGCUUAUGAUGGGUCAUCUAAUAUGCAAGGAGCUGUAAAAAGAUUACGCUCAUUAAUACAAAAUGAAAAUAAAAGUACACUACAUGUAUGGUGUGGUGCACAUUGCUUAAAUUUAGCAGUCGUUGAUAGUUGUGAAGCAACUGAAUGUGCUCAAGACUUAUUUGGUACAAUUAGUAGUUUUUCUGCUACGAGAUGGACAUACCAUGACCGUUCUUUAGAAGUUAAACAAAUCACUUAUAAAUCAAUUAUUUUAACAUUAAAAAAAUUGGCCUUGAAGAAACUGACAAAAAAAAACAGACAUUUAGCUAAUAGUUUUUUAAAGCAACUUAAUUCUUUCAAAUUUGUUCUUACAAUACAUAUGAUGCGCAAUAUAUUCUCAAUUACUACACCUCUAUCAAAUUAUUUACAAAAUCUUGCCAUCGAUUUAAUUCAAGCAAUACAUUUAAUUAAAGUAACUCGACAACAAAUACAAGAUUUACGAGCAAUGAAAACUGAAUCAGUAUAUGCGAACCUAUUUACAGAAACAAAAUUAUUCUGUGAAGCACAAGACUUAGAGGAACAUGAUUUAGCAGAGGUGCUUAAGUAG